AUGAGUGUGUAUAGUGUAUACUAAUGCACUUAUGAGUCAAAGCGUUGUCACGUAUUUUUGUAGAAUUACGGAUAUUUGAACUAAAACUUUGGUUAAGUUUUAGUGAUUUCUUUAAAAUAUUUUUAGUUCAGUUAAUAUUUAAUUCAGUGAAAACAAUUUGCUAUAAAAAUGAAUAAUAAAGUAAUACGUAUUCCACUGGGACAAUAGCGGUAAAUUGUAUUAGAAAGUACAAUCAUAAAAUUUCUAUAAGUUUAAAAUAUUGUACUUAUUCAAUCACAUAUUUAAUCAGGAAAUAAAAUAUGUUCUUAUGGAAUGGCGGAAUUGCAUAUAAUUGGUAAAAUUUCGUCUGCAAAAGAUUUUAAACAACAACGACUUCUAUGCAAGUGGAGUUUUCAUGCUGGUAAUGGUUGGAAAGUUUUAAAUGGUUAUGAAGAAGGACAAACACAAGAAAGUUGUGAUUUAUAUACUAAUGAACCAAUUUGGGAUCAUCCAAUAGAUUUGCAUUAUACAACACAAACUCUUCAAAAUUCACCAAAACUUCUAUUACAAAUAUUUUGCAGAGACGCUCACGAAAGAAUAUUAUUUACAUCUUAUGGUGUUUGUAACAUUCCUUUAUCCCCUGGAUUUCAUUCUAUAGAAUGUCACACAUGGAAACCAAUUGGUAACUGGAAAGAUAGACUUAGAGAUCAAUUUUUGGGAAUAACUCUACAGUUAAAAUCACCAAGUGUUUUAGUUAACUCUUUGGAUAGGUUUGAGUUACUUACACAAAGUAUGGGUACAGUUAAGAUCGAGUUGCAUAUACUUGCUCGAAACUUUGAAAAAUAUGGAUGCCAUUUGUAAAUAUUUAU